AUGCCAAACAAAGCUCAAGAGGUAAAUGUUUUCAUUUUCUUUGUUAAAUCUAAGAAUUAAACAAAGAUACUUGCUGCAAGCUGUUACUGAGGCUUGGAUAAUUAAAUGUACAUAGGCAUGAAGGUUGGUUUUUUUGCACAUCUUAUUCUUUCUUGUUUUAGGAUGCUGUAAUCAACCUAAAGACUCUACAUGACCUUUCAAGGCAGCUUGGUUUUGAGUGGACAAUUUUGGCGUACGAGCUUGGCUUCAGCAGAACUGAGAUUGCACGUUUCCACACGAAAUCAUCAGAGAGGAUUGUCCAGGCUAGGACCAUGUUAGAAAACUGGUAAACUUUGUAUAUGCAUGUGUUUAUUUGUUUCUAUGCUUUCUCAGUAUUGAUGUAUAAAAUUUUCAUAUUAUUUAAUGAUUACGUACGGACCAUCAAGGUUUGUCUGUCCUUCAGUUUCUCCAUUAGCUUACAUUCUGAGUGGAGUAUAUCAAAUAACUGCAUUAUUGACACUCUAGAAAAUGUGCUCAGGAUUUAUUUUGUAACAAGUUGAGCAUAUUGUGUUUUUCUCUUGAAUGUUUUGGGGUUUAAAACAUCAUGGUCCACAAAUAUUGAGAUGGCCUUGUAUUCCCCUUCUCGGUAUGCUUCUCAAAUUUCAAUCUCAACUUACAGGUAUGAGAAGUCAUGGGAUAAACCCAAUAAGACUAAAGUCCUGCAGAACGCUCUGGAGCAAGUAGGCAGACGGGACCUGGCUGAGAGGUUGCGCUGCCUCCACUGGGGCCACCAGAAGCUGAGCCAAAGGGUCGAACUGCCCUCUGCCUUCCCUUUCAUUAUCACAGUCCAUAAAACCAUUCACAACAAAGAUGCACUGCGCAGGAUCAACAGCCUCAACCGUAGAUACACCUAA